UCGGUAUAAGCGCCAGCAGCCGCGCUGCCCGGCAAGCUGUCCGCAGCGGUGGCCUCUGCCUGCCACAUCACCCUGACCUGCUUACGCCCAGCCCGUGGACAUUUUCGCAGUCCGGGUCCCUGCGGCGGACGGGUCGGAUCGUGCUCGUGGCCAGGGCGCAGUCAGGUGUCGCGUGGUCCUGAUCUAGGAAGAAGAGACUCCGGCUUUAUCACCGCCUCGGUGUCUGUGCUUUCCGCUUCAACUGCCCCCCUCCUCACCUGGACCCCUCACCUUCCUCCUCCCCUCUCACCCCGCCAUCCCCACCAGUCCCCACCCCUCUCUGUAGACUGCAAGACUCAGCAAGUGACUCGCUGAGCAAACCCUGCCGAGAAGAGGUCUAUUUAGGGACACAGGCGGCCAAGUACAGAAAAAGGCAAAAGAACUAGCAUGCCUUUUUCAAUGGAUGUCAUUUUGCAGGGCUGGCUUCAGAUGAUUGUUAUAGCUUUAAAUAAAAAGGACAGUUUUCAUCUCGGCCCGUGGCCUACAUUAUUUCUUUACUGUCCAUUGCCCUGGGCGCUUGACUAAUAAUUUAACAGCAGUUUUGUUUUUUUUUUUAAUUUUAAAUCAUGAUUCAUAGCAUUGCUGCAAGAGUAAUUAGAGGUAAAGUAGGGCUUGAACCUGUCUGUAGUUGGUUACUUACUGAGAUCUUAACAUAAAAGUAAAGUGAGAGGGUGAAGUUGUAAGUAGCGCUAAGUGGAAUAGAAAUUAAACGCACUGAAACUGCCAUGUCCAGUUCGGUAGGCGCUAGCCACCUGUAACUAUUGAGCACUUGAAAUGCUGGCUAGUCCUGAGAUGUAUUGUGUUAAAUACACUGGAUUUUGUUGUUGUUGGAGUAGCAAGAACAGUGUAAAAUAUCUGCUCGAUAAUUUUUUAUAUUGAUUACAUAUAUGUUAAAAUGUUACUAUUUGGUACGUACUGAGUUAAGUUUAUUUAAAAUUAAUUUCACCUUUUUCUUUUAAUGGGGCUACUAGUAUAUUUAAAAUUACAUGUGUGGCUCACAUAUUUAUUGGACAGCACUGCUCUAGAAGUUUAGGAAGAAAUAAGAAAAAUAUUGAGAACAGGUAGCGGCAGUAGGAACUUUGCCCUCCUUAUAAGACUGAUUCCAAUAAAAAUAAUAGGUUAUAGUUUUAAUUGGCUUUUUCCUACUAGAAAAAAUAAGUGUACUUUACAUGCCUCUUUGUUCUCACUUUUCCCCUCCAGUUUAGCGGUUAGAAUGUAUUUAUUAUAGCAGGAUUAAUACAGGGAUUCACUAAGCAGUGCUAAGAAGACUUAGGUAAAUGAUUCCCUGAUGACCACACUUGAUUUUCAAAGCACUUUCCUAACCCGUUUUAAACUGAUAUAGAGUCAAAGGGAGAUGGCUGAUUAGUAGUCAUCUCAUUUAAAUCUUAUGGAAUUUUUCCAGUAAAUCUCAAAUAAUUUGUUAAAGGCUAUUUGGGCUAUUUGGCCAAGUGCAUGGAAGGGACAGCAUAGGACCUGUGGUACUUCAUUUCCAAAUUGCUUGAGAUGAUUUUCAUUAUAACCAUAUAUUAUUUGGUUCUGGUUUUCUGGAAAAGCCAGCUAAACCUUUGGUUCUUUUAGAUAUAAAUGAAAUUAUCAUCAAAGAAUUGCUCAAAGUGACUUAUGCAACUUGAAUAUAUAUUUUUUCCUUAGAGUGUUUAUCCCAAAUUAUCUGGGCAUUUGCUGCAAUUUGCAGUUUUUUUAAAAAAACACCAAAAUAGUUAUUUUUCAAGUUAGAGAUGUUUUAAUUAAAACAUCUUGUUUUUGGUGUAUCCAUUGACAUUCUCAAAACGGAAUGCAUCUGGACCUCUGUGUGCAAUCUUCAUAGCACUCAGACACUGAAGAGAAAGGCAGUCAUCACUGCCAAACAGGGCCCAAAUGCUACACAUGGUGCAAUGUGUCAUUUUGAGCUGGCAGCAGCCAAAUAAAACAGCCCUUUAUUUCACAGUUGAGAAUUUGAAAUUGGAAAGUAAUUAAUGUAUGUAAGGAUGAUUUAUUUGCUUCUUGGCUUAUAGGGAUGAGCCAAGUUUUUUAUUAGGGAUGUUGUUGCUGUAUAAGUCCCACCUACUUUGCUUCCUUACUGAAUGAACAAUGCAACUUUGAGACAGAAAUAUUUGAGAACAUUUUUGUCAGUUAGGACAUUUUGAUAGUGGACAUUUUGUAUCUUCUAUUAAUUUAAAAUGUUUUAUUUCUUAUAAAGCCAGGAUAUCUGAUAUCAAAUUAAAUUUUUUUUCCCUUUAGAUUUUCUUCAAUCACAUCUGAAUAAAUCACUUAAAGAGAGCUUAUAGCUUCAUUGCACCAUGUGUGGCAUUUGGGCGCUGUUUGGCAGUGAUGACUGCCUUUCUGUUCAGUGUCUGAGUGCUAUGAAGAUUGCACACAGAGGUCCAGAUGCAUUCCGUUUUGAGAAUGUCAAUGGAUACACCAACUGCUGCUUUGGAUUUCACCGGUUGGCGGUAGUUGACCCGCUGUUUGGAAUGCAGCCAAUUCGAGUGAAGAAAUAUCCGUAUUUGUGGCUCUGUUACAAUGGUGAAAUCUACAACCAUAAGAAGAUGCAACAGCAUUUUGAAUUUGAAUACCAGACCAAAGUGGAUGGUGAGAUAAUCCUUCAUCUUUAUGACAAAGGAGGAAUUGAGCAAACAAUUUGUAUGUUGGAUGGUGUGUUUGCAUUUGUUUUACUGGAUACUGCCAAUAAGAAAGUGUUCCUGGGCAGAGAUACAUAUGGAGUCAGACCUUUGUUUAAAGCAAUUACAGAAGAUGGAUUUUUGGCUGUAUGUUCAGAAGCUAAAGGUCUUGUUACAUUGAAGCACUCCACGACUCCCUUUUUAAAAGUGGAGCCUUUUCUUCCUGGACACUAUGAAGUUUUGGAUUUAAAGCCAAAUGGCAAAGUUGCAUCCAUGGAAAUGGUUAAAUAUCAUCACUGUCGGGAUGAACCCCUGCACGCCCUCUAUGACAAUGUGGAGAAACUCUUUCCAGGUUUUGAGAUAGAAACUGUGAAGAACAACCUCAGGAUCCUUUUUAAUAAUGCUGUAAAGAAACGUUUGAUGACAGACAGAAGGAUUGGCUGCCUUUUAUCAGGGGGCUUGGACUCCAGCUUGGUUGCUGCCACCCUGUUGAAGCAGCUGAAAGAGGCCCAAGUACAGUAUCCUCUCCAGACAUUUGCAAUUGGCAUGGAAGACAGCCCCGAUUUACUGGCUGCUAGAAAGGUGGCAAAUCAUAUUGGAAGUGAACAUUAUGAAGUCCUUUUUAACUCUGAGGAAGGCAUUCAGGCUCUGGAUGAAGUCAUAUUUUCCUUGGAAACUUAUGACAUUACAACAGUUCGUGCUUCAGUAGGUAUGUAUUUAAUUUCCAAGUAUAUUCGGAAGAACACAGAUAGCGUGGUGAUCUUCUCUGGAGAAGGGUCAGAUGAACUUACGCAGGGUUACAUAUAUUUUCACAAGGCUCCUUCUCCUGAAAAAGCCGAGGAGGAGAGUGAGAGGCUUCUGAGGGAACUCUAUUUGUUUGAUGUUCUCCGCGCAGAUCGAACUACUGCUGCCCAUGGUCUUGAACUAAGAGUCCCAUUUCUAGAUCAUCGAUUUUCUUCCUAUUACUUGUCUCUGCCACCAGAAAUGAGAAUUCCAAAGAAUGGGAUAGAAAAACAUCUCCUGAGAGAGACGUUUGAGGAGUCCAAUCUGAUACCCAAAGAGAUUCUCUGGCGACCAAAAGAAGCCUUCAGUGAUGGAAUAACUUCAGUUAAGAAUUCCUGGUUUAAGAUUUUACAGGAAUACGUUGAACAUCAGGUUGAUGAUGCAAUGAUGGCAAAUGCAGCCCAGAAAUUUCCCUUCAAUACUCCUAAAACCAAAGAAGGAUAUUACUACCGUCAAGUCUUUGAACGCCAUUACCCAGGCCGGGCUGACUGGCUGAGCCAUUACUGGAUGCCCAAGUGGAUCAAUGCCACUGACCCUUCUGCCCGCACACUGACCCACUACAAGUCAGCUGUCAAAGUUUAGGUGGUCUUUAUGCUGUAAUGUGAAAGCAAAUAUUUCUUCCUGUUGUAUGGGGACUAUGGGUAGAUAGGGGAACAAUGAGAGUCAACUCAGGCUAACUUGGGUGUGAAAAAAAUACAAGUCCUAAAUCUAAAA